AUGAACUUCCCAUGGGUCUCCGAGGUCGUGGUAAAGUCUCGUGAUUUUCAUGAAGGUCGUCGUGAAACUCAGAGAAAAACUUGUCGGUUGUCGCUUAUUUCUUCCGAAAUGAUUUGCAGUCGUUUAAUAGCACUUUUUCUCGCUUGUUUUAUAAACUGUUCUCAUAGCGCGGUUUCGGUGGCUAAACCGAGCGCCGCUCAAGCAAAGUACCUCGACUACGAGAUAGGAGCCAGCAUACACUUCAAUAUGCAGACAUUUAAUAGAAGUAUGAAAGCAGGUAAGGAUUUUGGAAUAAUUUUACUCCUUGAGAAGUGAUACACCUGCGUGAAAUAGAGCUCUGAACCAUCUAACCUAGUAACACUUCUAGUAUUUAAGCUUACAUAGCUGCCAACUUUUCUUAGGCAAAUCACAGGUAACCCAGGCUCUGUGAUAGUACCACAGUACAGUUCCAGUAAAAUUAUAGUGUUUGUAUGGGGUAAAUAUCAUCCUAAAAUAAUAAUUGUAGAUAGAGUGAAUUUGAACAAAUUACUCCAAAUUAUCACGGAACUUUGUUGGAGCAAUAAGGACAACAACAAUUAACUGCAGAGUAAGUUUCAUUGAUCUUUAUUUAGUAUUUCCUAGAAAUUUUAGGAUGAUAUUUUUACCCCAUACAAACACUGUAAUUUUACUGGAACCGUACUGUGGUACUAUCACAGAGCCUGGGUUACCUGUGGGCAAAUGCGUGAGGCUCUGGCCUUGUCAUGACGACAGGAGUCCUACACAAUCUGUUUGUGUGACCCAUGUAAUUUUAUGAUAGAAUUGCACUGUAUUUACCAUUUGCUUCAGCUGUGGCGGUAUAUCGCUAAAUAUCUGCAAGUAUCAAAGCUAAUGCCUAGUUCAAUUUUACUUGUUACAGCCCCCCUCCCCCGGGCAAACCACGGGACAAGUACCGGGGGUGGUAGCUAGGGAGGUGGGGCAAAUAAAAAAAUAUCUUCUCUUUGAUUUUGUGAAGUACAUGUUAUUUCCUGCACUGUUUACACGAUGGCUCCGGACCUCAAGACUACGUAUUUUUAAGGAAAAACAGACGAAUUUAAUUUGUCCGAGAGUGGUUGGAGAGGAAUAACUUAUCAAAAUUAAAGUUUGUAUUUAAAGGUAUUUUUAAAAGUUUGAAACAAAUGUGCGUAUUGUGCGUACUAGAAUGGAUUUUAUUUUCUGGAAAGGAAGGACAAAAAUAUUUCUUCAGCUUAGCUUUAAAUAAUGAUAAGUUUUUAUAUGAAAACGAAUUCAAGGCUUUUGAUAUAUAUAAGAUAGAGAAACAGAGAUUCGGUCCAGUGUUCUCAUGAAGUGUUCUAUCAAGGAAGGGCUUUUUAAAGAGUUUUUCUGCUUCGUUUUCGUUUUCAAAUUUAUUGUUCAUGUUUUAAGUACAUCUUGACAUCCACUAUCCUUCCUUCAAUAAACUCAGGAAAACGUUUAUAAAAGUUGUGAAAAUGUGUCGUUUUGCUUUUGAACGGAUCAAAAAGAUGUAGCAAAAAACAUAUAUGAGGUCAAUCAGGAGCUCGGUGGUGAGGAAUUGUCUCUUUCUGCAUGCCCGAGGGUGGGGAAUAGACCCCUAAGAAACAAAAAAAUUAAAAAUCCCUGGGGGUGUGUCGGGGGAGGGGCAUGGUUACAAGUAUAACUGAACCGUGCAAAAAUAAAUGUUGUGUUACGGAGUGGAAGUUGCGUUACGAGGUGGACGUUGUGUCACAAGUGUUCAGAAGUGGUAUUUUGAGCAAUUUUGAGGGAAUUUGAGUUCGCUGUUCACUGUUGCUCCUUAGUCAACCAAUCAAUCAAUCAAAGACUUAAUUUAACUUCGAAUUUGUUGAUAGCAAAAUUGCUAAUAUCUGGGAAGAAGAAGGUCAAGGGUGGCAUCAAUGUUUUGAACUGCUCUAGCACCAGAGCGAUUUUUCCCCCAGAAAAUCACAUCACUCUGCUUUCAAACUGUACAGCAAGAAGGUCGAAAGAUUCACACUUCUUUUCAUACCUUUCAAUGAAAAAGCCAUCUAAAAGAACCACAGCCAGUCCCUAAAGAAAAUCAAGAUUCCUCAGUUUUGAACGGUCAAAAUGCAUAGCAAGAUUCAUGUGUGCCAGCCAGAAACUGUCCUGCUGAUUUCCUCUUUUUGAUUGGAUGUCAUUAACCAAAUGGUUAAACAAUAACUGAUUUACAGCAGACUUGAUAAUUGAUCACUGUUUAAUGACACAAUUAAAAGGUGGUAAUCGGCAGGACUGUUUCUGGCUGUACGUGUGAAUCUUGCUACAAAUUUUGACCAUUCAAAAACUGUGGGAUUUACUAUAGUGUGUAAAAUGUCAACCAACGUUUGUUUGGACUUCCACUAAGAAUGAAUGGAAUCCACAAAACAUAAUUUGAUCAGGCGCGUUUUGACUUUCUACCCUUGUUAUCUGAUCACGUGUGUUUUAAUCAUCUUUCAAUCAUCUUUUCUCAGGUAAUUUUUAUUUUUCUUUUGUUUUUGGGCAUGGUAAUAUAUGCUAAUGAAGUUGAAACAAAGGAAAAACAAAAUUACCUGAGAUAAAAGGAUUAACUACAACAUAUAUUUUACGUUUUGCAGUUGUGGAUUGUGUUUGUUAUAAUGAGGAUUUCGUUAAAUCGAGGUUCUGUUGCAUACAUUUUUACUGUAAUUUUGGCCAGGCUGAAGAAAAUAGUUUGUUACACUCAGUACUUCGUUAUAUAGAGGUUCGUUAAAUCGUGGUCCAGCACUGUACUGUGUAGACUGGCUCUAAGCAGCAGUUUUAAGCAGUUUUUUUGCUUGUUCUUGAGUUCGUAGUGCCGUAGCUAUGUAUAGCUCGGUCCUAAAAUGUUAUUGAAGGACGUGUGUCAAAUAUGAUCCUAGUAUAAUGGCCUCACUCUCCUUGAGUUCUCUGUAACUCAGGUGGAUAGAGUGCACGCCUGAUGUUUGGGAGGUUCAAGGUUUGAAUCCUGUCUGGGACUUAGAUAAUUUUUGUCUUUGUCCCUCGCUCGUGGCAUGCUGAUUAUUUCAUUAUCACAUAUUUAUUUGAGUGUUUCCUUACUUGCAUUGUCCAUGAUCAGGUCACGUGGUUUCCCCGGAUGCAUUUAACCCAACAAAGUUGUCAACAGAUGAGUGGUUAAAAGCAGCCAGUAGCUUUGGUGCAAAGUAUGCAAUUCUCACUUUAGAUCACUUCAGUGGCUUUCUACUGUGGCCCACAGAAACGAAUUACAACUACUCUGUAAAGAACAGUAUGUGGCGAAACAAAACAGGAGAUGUGGCAUGGGAAUUUAUGCAAUCUUGUGCAAAGUACGGCCUCGAGCACGCCUUCUACUACAGUGUUCAUGAGAAUUGGUAUAUGGAUGUUGAUAACUACAGAACACACGAUCCUGCAGCGCAAGCAUUUUAUAACCACAUUGUUGAACAACACAUGUAUGAACUGUUUGCUCCUAAGUCAAAGUAUGCAAACCCAUUUAUUUUUUGGUUUGAUGCUGGUAUUGUACCUGGUGUUAGUCCUAAGGUUGGGCCAAUAUUGCGCACAUUGGGUAACAAUACUAUCUGUAUGCAGUGUCCAACAUUUGCUGGCAAUCAAGGAAUUCGUUGGGUCGGUGAUGAGCAAGCUGUGGCACCAUUACCUCUGUGGUAUUCAGUGCCGGAUAACACAUGUGAUAUGGGAAAAGGUUGGUAGAUAAGUAGCUAGCCUGAGUUGCAGACCUAAUUUAACAAUGGGAACAUUUGUGAAGCAGUUCCAAGAUCCUUGUUCUGGGCCCACAAUGGAUUCAAGAAAUUACUGGAAGUGCGCUUUGAAUUUCCUUUCAUCAUUAAUGGCUUGUUAACAGAAGAAUCUUAGGGUGUACUCAAAUACAGAUGGGGACCCAGAAUAAGAAUUUUGGCGCUGUUUCGCAGAUGGACUUAACCAGAGUUUUGUUUCAUCUGCAUUGCAGUCUAGUAGAUAAGUUGUUACUAACAAAUCUCUUUACCAGCAGCCAAAGAAAAACAUUAGUCAAAAAUUAGCUAGAGCUUGCUUGCACGAUGUCUGAGAAUUCCACCUCCAUUGCCCAUUGUGGCUCCCACAACCAAUCAAUGCAAGACAAUUCUACACAACCUUCAGUGGCAACAAACCCAUCAGCUGGGUACAUGGCAAAAUCCAACUGCCAGGCCAUGCUCCUUCUUCUUUAACAAAACAAAACUGAGUAUCUUUUUCAGUUUUACCCCCAGAUUGUUCAAUUUAAGCCAUUUGACCAAUUUCAACUCUCGACCAGAUAUUUAUAAAAAUAAUAAUACUUUGCAAUGGUUAAAGAACUACAUGUAACAUUAUCUGAGGCAAAUGGUUGAAAUCGUAAAACUUUUAAAUAUGCUGUAGAUAAAACAACAAUGGUAUUGCUACCUUGAGUUUAGCCUGCAGAAUUCACGGAGUCCCAUAGGAAGGAAUUUCUAUCCCUGGUGGAGUGCUAUAAGAUUGUAUUCAAUCUGAAUGGUCUAAACUUCAUUGAUUAUUUUCAACUGUGCAGGAGCACUAAGACAAGAUCCAACCGUCAAUAGAAGAUACAAACCAAACUCGUGAAUUUAAACUGUUAUAAUUGUUCCUUCUUUGUUAAGAUAAUCAAGUUUUGGAAUGAUCUUCCAAGUAACAUAAUCAAUUGCCAUGAUAGUCCAGAUGUCAACAAGUUUGAACUAAGAUGAAGAAUCACAUGAAUAUUUCUUGAAUAGACAUUCUGUACUUUUUUUAAUGAUAUUUCUGUGAUUUUUAUAAACUUGCAAUUAUAUAAAUGUAUUUUUUUUAUUUUUUAUUGCUAUAAUUUAUUAUUAUUAUUAUAGUUUCUUUUCUUUUUUUUUUUCCUUUUUAGGAGAUCCUUAAUAUAGGGUUAAGCUCUGGGUUUUCUUUUUCUUAAUAACAGUGCUUGUUAUUUUGAAAUAAAGUACUUUAUGUAUGUAUGUAUAGCUGGCACUUUUUUGGUGUGUCUUUCUGUGUGUUCGAGAGACACCUGAGAGCAAGAUGAACCAGAAAACAUGCAAGGUCGAUCUGCCUUCUUCCCUCCCUCCUCCCCCAUCAUUUUCUCAUUUGACCUUCGUUUGGCUUUUGUGGGGCUGAAUCUCUUACUUUGUGAACUGCAAAUAACAUACCACACUGCACACACAAUUCAAAAAGACACCAGCCAGUACACAGGCUCUUAACUUGGCUUUAAUUAAGGUAUAGCCAGUUUGGCAUUGAGAGUCAAUUUGAUAGAAAGCUCCACAAAUUAAUGUUGAUUUUUUUGCAACAGACCAUGUGUAUAAAGAUUGAUGACUUCAUGACUAAAUUAAAUCUCCGCCAAUUAGCAUUUUGUAGCCUAGCUUUUUUGAUACAGAAAUUCAAAUUCCUAAGAUAUUGAUUGAUUUCUUUCCACUCCUGCCUCUUUAAGUGCAGGAGAAAAAUAAAAAUUAUCUCAACCAUUAACACAGUGUAUAAUAAUUAUAUCUUGUUAAAGUAAUAUAAUUAUUGUGAAGGAUAAUUAUUAUAUUAGUUAUGAAUAAUUUUAUAAUUAUUAUUCUUUACAGCUGAUCCCUUGGGAACGCAGUUUUGUCCGCCCUUUUGUGACACUGUCAUAAGAGAGCACCACUGGUUUUGGAAACCAAACACAACAAGUAGAGUGAAGAGUGUUAGCACGCUUGUUAGUGAGUAUUUGACGAGUGUCGGAAGGGGCUGUCACAUGAUACUCAACUUGAACCCAGAUCCUUAUGGCUUGGUUGAAGAGGAGGAUAUGCAAGCGUACAUGGAGUUUGGUGAAGCUGUCAGUUUGCUGUACAAAAAUCUUGUCUUCACAGACAAAAAUCCAGAACUGAAAGUUGGAGUUGAGAUAGUGUGGAGCUUGCCAGAGCUUUACUGGAUGGGCAAGGGAGCUGUAGUAAUCAUGGAAAACAUAGCAGAAUUCGGACAGCUCGUUGAAGAAUACCAGCUGCGAUUUAAGACCCUAAAUGGCUGGCUUGAGUACCCUGAGCAAGGAAGUAGUGUAGGUCAGAAACGGAUUCAUGCUUUCCCUGCAGCAUUCACUGGGGAGGUCAUUUCUGCCGUAAGCUUGAACAUCACCAAAUUGGUGACAAAUGGCACGUCAAUUACAUUACGUGAAGUUUCUGUUUAUGACUGGAACGAGGCGGGAUUGAAAGGCUAUGUGUGAAUUAGUAAUUGGUAAUAAACUUUUGAUAACAAGUAGUUAGUUUUAUUGCCACUAGCGCAACCCAUGUACAGUACAUUGUAAUUUGCUAAGCUCUCAGAGGGUGCUUCAGGUACUACUUAUUAAACAAGAUUUAAUUUCAGACUGAGGCCUUGAUGUAUUUAGUGAGCUCAAUACAUCAGCGCCAAGGUCUGAGAUUUUCUUGUUAUGACCAAACAGAGAAGCUUCAUUGUAGACAUGAGUCUGCAAUCAAUUUAAACCAGCAACUGGUCAGCGACAACUUUUAAAAAAAAACAUCAUCUCAGUGAGUUGUACAGUUGGGCCUGUGAUACACUCGGGUGACCCUGGUCAGCGGACACCCCUUUUGAGAGCUGUCAAGUGACCGUAACAUUGAUGUCCAUAAGGGUUAAACAUAGAUUGAAUAUGCCUUGGAUGCCUAGGUUAGUAAUGCCCGAUCAUCACAAGAAAAUAAUGCCUUGUCAGUACAAGAAAAGAGCCAAUCAGAGUGCACGUACUAUUGUAGCCAUAUAAUAAAAUGAUAUAAUGCACAUGAACAGUUAGACUGCAAAACUUACUGACUGUAAAAGUCUGCAUGAUGCUUGCAUUCCAUCCCCAUUUUCUUAUUUCCUUGUUCCCGGUUAUUUGCCUCAAACUCCCAAUAACUCGAACUUUUUUCAAUUUCCCUAGAAGGUUCCGGUGUCCUGGAGCUCAAAUUUUUUGAACGGUUUUGCUAAAAGCCCACGCGUGCUUUGAUGGUUCUGAAUAUUUGUCUUGAAAAAUUGUGAAAUACUGCAUUUUGUCUGAGGUCUGUAUGAUAAAAAAAGCACCUCAUAUUACUGUUUCAUCUCUGGUGUGACGUGUAAAAAGUAUGAAAUGUUGGUUUACACGCACCCAGAUUUGAUGGUAAGAUUUUGUUAAGUAAACUUGUUGAACGCCAAAAAUUCGGCCUGAUUUGUUUUCCAAGAAUUCGUUUUCCAGGCCUGAUCUACUGUGAUCAAGAGCCAUUAUGGCUCUUCAAUGUGAUCGAAGAUGAUUGCUAUUUUUUGGGUGCACAUAUAAGGCUAUCAACUCGAUGUAAGAUUUUUUUUUUUCACUCUAAAAUCACUUAGCCUUAGCUUUCCCUAAAAAGUCACAUAGGUGCCCUAAGUUAACUGACCUUUGGAUUACAAGUUUAUUUUUUGAUUUAAAUUAUAAAUUUAUUAAUGGGAGCUUCGCUUUUAGCCCGGCUAAAUCUAUAUAAUUAUUGUCUUUAAUGCAACAGUUUUGUGUGUUCAGAAGUGUUUAAUAUUAAUUUUUUGCUUUCACAAAUAAUUUUGAAGACUACCUUUGGGGAGCAAACUUUUUUUCACAGUAGAGGAAAGUUUUUUUCUGAAAAUAAAAGAGGAAGGUCCACUAAUCAAAAGGUUUAAAGAUCACACCUUAAAACUCCAUGCUUCUAAAGCAUCCCCCAUCCAUAAAGAAGGAAAUUUUUCAAGUGGCCGAAAUUGACACAACAAAAUCCCUUUGUACUAACUAUCCUGUACUCAAGUAUAAUCAAUGCAAACAAUUAAAAUGAAUUUUUUAUUUACUUUGACACGCUCUUUUAAAAGUAUUUUUAAGUUGCAUUUCUUUGUAUUUCCUAUUAUAUUAUUAUUAGUUUCUAGAUGCA